GAGCCUGGCUCGACGCGGCGCUGAACGGCGAGCUGGUGGCGGGGCUGCCGCCGAGGGCUGGAGCACGGGGCGUCGAGAUGCUCGAGGUCGAGGUCGCCUACCAGGCGGACACCAUCGACAGAUUCAUCAAGGCCCGGCAGGUGGGCGCCAGCGACACGUACUUCUCAUGGUGCAGCGCCAACAAGUGCGGGACGGUCGCUCCAGCUGGCGCUGUGGUCGAGCACUUGGACAUGUGGCAGGUGAUGGGCCCCAGCGGGGUG